AUGAACCAGGCGUUUACAGACUAUUACAUCAAUGAAUCCUCAGGUUUCAAUUAUUGUCUGUUGUGUUUGAAUGAAAGUGAGACACACUCUGUGUCUCCAGAGGUGAACGAUUCCAUGUGGAUACUUUCUCUGGUCAUCUACUGCCUGACGUUCCUCCUCGGAGUUCCCGGAAACAUGUUCGUUGUGUACAUCGCUGGAAUGAAGAUGAAGAGGACGGUUAAUACAAUAUGGUUUCUCAAUCUAGCGACUGCAGACCUCCUGUGCUGCCUUUCCAUACCCUUCAGUGUGGCGCAGAUCCUCCUUAACCAUCACUGGCCGUAUGGAUCCGUCAUGUGCAAGAUUCUCCCCUCUGUUAUAGUCAUCACCAUGUUUGCCAGUACAUUUUCUGAGUUUAACAUCACACUUUGCACAUUUCAUGCUGAUGAAGAAGUUGAUUCCAGCCUUUCAGCAUCUGGAACAUUAAGCGUCAUCAGAUUUGUGUUUGGCUUUUUGAUUCCUCUCAUAUGCAUCACAACAUGCUACGGAGUCAUCGCACACAAGUUAGGCAGGAGUACUUUUCACUCUGGACGAGCGGUUCGCAUCAUGUUGGCUGUAAUUGUGGCCUUUUUUCUCUGCUGGCUGCCGUAUCACAUAGUAGAUUUGAUAGCAAUGUACGGAGAGGACUCGAGUUCCUCUGUGGCUUCGGCAGUGGAUCCGUUGGCCGUCUCUUUGGCGUAUGUCAACAGCUGCCUGAACCCCGUUCUUUUACCAAGCUGUGGAUAUUCACAGCUUCUCCAGAAUGUGAGCGGCUGCAUCAGAAGAUCAGAACUCCUUCAGUUUGUGCUACAAGAACCGCAUGCUUGA